GAAGUAUUCAGUGUGGAGUUAAGACGUGAGGGUGUACGCUCGUUGUUUUUUCCUCCACUGCUUGGUGCACAUUGCCCUUCCAAAGUAGAAGAGAGACAGGCACGUGUGAGGAGAAGUUAGUGAGGGGCAGGGUGAGAGGCGAAGCGGAGAGGCAACCUGGGCGAGGCGUCUCAGGAAGUUUGAAUCUGCCUCUCAACUUCCCAAAACCAUAAAAUGCAACAUCAGGCGAGGUGGUAGUGGCGUCUUGAGAUGGGAGGCCGGUGGACAAGAUGGGUCCUGGUGGCGGUGGUAGUGGUCGUGGGCGUCCCUACCUUAGCCCAGCAGAGCCGAACCAACUGGGGGCGGCAGACACCUUCCCAGACUCCACGCCGCCACCACGCCCCUUCCACGACCCCACCCACACGGAGGUCAUGGUGGGACGUAGCGAACGCCCGGCACCAUGACCCUGCACGCCCAUCCAUUCGAGAGUCGUGGACGGAGGGGCAAAGACAGGACUCACACGCACGCCAGGAGUACUCACCACGCCUGUCCAACCCACGCCACGUCCCCGCCAGUACACGCCGGCGGGAGCACUACCCAGCACUCAGAAGGACACAGGCUUACCCACAAAGACGUGCCCGUAAGCCAGUCAGCAGUAGGGACCCACCAGUCUUCCAGUCAGCACGUCAGCACCAAGCCACCCUGCAUAAUGCCAUUCCAGAACACCACCAGCACCAGCAGCACCACCAGCAGGCUAAGAGGUGGCAGAAGGCCCAGCAGCAGCACCGGCCAGCCAGCAGCACCGCCAGCACUACCAGAAGGGACCGCCGGCCUAACAUAGUGCUGAUUAUGACGGAUGAUCAGGAUGUGGAGCUUGGUUCCCUAAACUACAUGCCUUACCUGAUGGAGCAGUUAAGAGACCGGGGCGCCUAUUUCCCUAACGCCUACUGCUCCACGCCCAUCUGCUGCCCCUCUCGCUCCUCUCUCCUGACGGGCCUGUACAUUCACAACCACGAGGUGUACACAAACAACCGCAACUGUUCCUCAUACCGCUGGCAACAGACCCAUGAACGCCGCAGCUUCGCCACCUAUCUCGCCAACGCUGGCUACAGGACAGGCUACUUUGGGAAAUAUCUCAAUAAGUACAAUGGCUCCCACAUCCCCGCUGGCUGGCACGAGUGGAGUGGACUCAUCAAGAACUCUCGCUACUACAACUACACCGUCAUGCGCAAUGGACACUUUAUCAAAUAUGGUGACCAGUAUCCCAGGGACUACUACCCUCAUGUCAUCACCAAUGAGGGCCUGCAGUUCCUCAAGAAGAGCCGGGCGUCCACACAGCCCAUGAUGUUGGUGCUGAGCUACCCUGCACCCCACGGCCCGGAGGACUCAGCACCAGAACAUUCACAUCAGUUCUUCAAUGCCACUGACCACAACACCUUAUCUUACAACUACGCCCCCAACCCGGACAAACAGUGGCUACUGCAGUUCACCGGCCGCAUGCAAGACAUUGAGGUCAAAUUCACUGACAUCCUCAUGACCAAACGACUCCAAACACUGCAGACUGUGGAUGAGUCGGUGGCCAAGGUGGUGAAUGCCCUGCAGGACCUUGGUGAGUUGGACAACACCUACAUCUUCUACACCAGCGACCACGGCUACCAUCUGGGCCAGUUCGGGCUUGUUAAGGGGAAGUCCAUGCCAUUCGAGUUUGACAUUAAAGUUCCCUUCCUGGUGAGAGGCCCCGGGAUCAAGCCAGGCGUACAACUCGACAAUAUUGCCCUGAACAUUGACCUUGCCCCAACCUUCCUGGACAUUGCCGGGGUGAGGCCACCAGCACACAUGGACGGGAGGUCACUGCUGCCUAUCCUGUCUAGUACAUGGAAUAACUCGGAGGCGCUGAGCUGGAGGGACAGUUUCCUGGUGGAGAGCUCUGGCCGACACCGGGAGGAGGAUGCACUGGAGUUGAGGGAAGCACGGCGGAGGAACAGAGCGCAGGGUCUCUCUGAGCCUGUCAUCAAGGGUGGCCUGUACACCUCCAAGCGUGAGAGGCUGGAAAUCAUCUGCCAAAGUGAAGAGUACAGGACGCCUUGCUCCCCGGGCCAGAAAUGGGAGUGUGUGCAGGACAUGAACAGGUGGAGGUUACACAAAUGCCGGAAGAGGAAGACGAGAGGGCCCAAGGUGAAGUGGAGGAGACGGAACUGUGUGUGUGAGCCGGACCUUGGUAUGGGGUACCUGGUGCGCCUCGACUCUGCUGAACGCCGCAAGCAGCGCACCUUCCUCAAGAAGCACCUGACGCAGGACCUGAGGACCUUCAACACAAAGUUCAUCAAAGUGUUCAGUGACGUGGACAGCCAGGAGCUGAUGGAGCAGAACCUUCACAUGCCAGGCAGGAAGGUGUUGCUGCCACGCACACACCACGACACUUACAGGCACAGGCGGAGCACCAGGGCAGAGGAGGCAGGCGAGGAGCACUUGGAGGAGGAUGUGGUGGAUGCCUUUGUGAAGGAUGAGGAGAUCCGCGACCUGGACGUCACCAUCAACACUUUGUCCGACGAGCUGGAGAGUCUGGAGAGCAACAUUGCAGCCACAGUUGUCUCGGCCAACAACACGUCCACCUCCCUGCCUGAGAACCAGGAGAGUCUUCGCCAUGGGUGCCGGGUGACGGGCAGCACUGUUGGGUGCACGGAUGACGUGUACCGGGACCCGCAGGCGUGGCGGCUGAGCAAGGUGGCCAUCGACCAGCAGAUCCGCCGCCUCAGACACCAGCUCAUCGUCAUGAAGGACAUCCGCAAACACCUGAGGGACGCGCGGCCGGACUCCCUCAGGGAAUAUGAUGACUAUGACGAUGGUGAUGAUGAUGAUGAUGUCGCUGCAGACUACACCACAGGGCUUGGCGACCUGGAAGACACCACUGCCACACCCACUACCACCACCACCACUACUGCUACCACCACCACCACCACCACCACCACCACUGCCACAGUCACCACCAAUGCCAGUAAUGUGGAGCCUGAGGAAGGGUCAGGAGUGGGAGAUUCUACCACGCCCCCUGGGGUCACCGUGACCAGUGUCUCUCCCGCUGGUGUGGAUGGACUGGAGGUGGAGGAGGAAGAGGAAGUGGAGAGGCAGAGUGGUGGAGGUGGUGUGGCUGAUGAUGGUGGUGUUACAAAUCUUGAAGAGGCAGAUGAAGUUGUGAUAUAUGGAACAGAUUACAGCACAGGCAGCAGCCAGGAGAGUCAAGGUGAAGAAGAGGAGUCCAAGGAGAUGCAGGCGGGGGUGGAAGACGAGGUAGGAGAUGGAUGGGGUGGUGCUGGCUACCCUCCACUAGGCAGCACCAGGUUUGAGGUGUUCCCAGUUCGUGCUGCCACCGGUCGCCGCCAGACUGCUAUUACCCUGGAAAAUGAGACCUCAGAGCGGGGACAGUGCUGGUGUAACAGGAAUUUCAGGCUGGAGCAGAAGCUGGUGGAGCGCGACAGGAAGCGACAGGAGAGGCAGAAGUUACGACAGGAGCGGCAGUCCAUUAAGCAGCGGCGGCGGGAGAUCAAGGUGAAGAAGAAGAUGAGGAAGAUCAAGAACAACCUAGCCCAGUGCAACUACACCAUGCUCAACUGCUACACCCACGACAACGACCACUGGCGCACUCCUCCCCUGUGGCACGAUGGGAAGUUUUGUUUCUGCAUGAAUGCCAUCAACAACACUUACUGGUGUGUGCGAACCAUCAACCAGACACAUAACUUCCUCUACUGCGAGUUUAUCACCGGCCUCGUCACCUACUAUGACCUCAAUAUUGACCCCUACCAGCUAAGGAACGUUGCCUUCACAUUGUCCAACAAGCGACUUGCUGAGCUGCACCGCCGCCUGGAAGCGCUGCGCACCUGUGCCGGCGCUGCCCACUGUGACGACCUGCCCCAAGCAUCCCAGAGCACUGCCAGGGCCCCUCAGCUGGACCUGCACCAUGAGGAACCCCAGCUGGAGGAGGAUGAGGAGCACGACCCAGGAGACAACAUGGUGGAGGUGGAGGUGGAGGUGGAGGUGCCGACGUCUCCACGGCGUGGCAAGGAGGAGCGCCGCCGCCUGCGGGAGGAGAGGCAGCGACACCGGGAGGAACGCCGCCGCCAGAGGAAGGAACACAAGAAGUGGAAGAGGCACCAGCUGCAGUCCACCGGCUCCAACAAGAACAUCAUCCGCCUGCCGCGCAAGAGUCGUGUGCAUGGCCGGCGGCGAGACAGUGAGCGCCGGCGGGAGAAGCGGAGAGAACGGAAACGGAGAAAGAAAAGUAGAAAAGUUAGAAUCUCAUGAAGUGUAGGGGAUUAAUUUAUCUUUAUUAUGAAUUGUUGUCAACUGAAGGUUGACACUAACUAUUGGUAGGAUAUAAUUCAAUCACUGAAAAUACUCUUAUCAUUUUGCCAUGAAAGUCAUUUGGUAAUAGCAAAACAAAACAAUUUUGUAAACACAUCAUCAUUAGUGAUCUCAAAAAUCAUAAUCAUUUAUCAGUAAACAAUAUUUAAUGACUGUACAUGUAUGUAUUCUUUAGACAUCCAAAACAAAUGCAUUUAACCGAGGAAUUCGUGUGACGUGCAGGUUUUGCAUUUAGCGAUGUCAAUACUCUAGUGUAUUAGUGAGUACAUGAAUCAGCUUGUUCCUUCAUCGUGAGUCGCUUCGAAGCAAGAGACCCCAAGUGUUCAAAUCAUGACAGCAGGUUUCCCCCAGCACAGCACAGCACAGACUGUCACCUGCCUCAAGCAUCAUUCAUUCUGCACACACAUUGUGAACCGGCCGUGGUUUGGGAAAACACUCAGAGCCAGCGAGGAAUAAGUGUAUUCUACAUUGAGGCUGCUGCUUUAAUGUGUUAAUCUGGUCAGCUUUUUUUUUAUUAGGCAUUGCCAAAGUUAUUGCUGAGGCUAUACUACAAAACACAACUAAGCUUUUUUAUAUUAAAUAAUUUUAGCCUGUACGGGAGGUAGUGAGAUAUAAAUUAGACUGCCUUGUAUAUUUAUGACCAUGUUUUAGAGUGUCACACAGUGGUUAAGACCAGGACAGCUGGACAGCUGUGCUUUAUGUAAUCAUGCCUUUCCUUCAGCCUCUCUCUGCACUGUGGGCUGGUGGGCCGGGAGAGGAGUGACACCUGAGGAAGACACUGACUGAGGUGAACUGCUAACAGUGAGUGACCUCGUGUCCUCAAUAAGGUUUCCUCCACAGUAAUCCAUCAGUCACUCCAUGAAACAAAUGUUACUGCUGUGGCAACAUGCAAUGAUGCUGAGGCCUUGCUGUACAAUGCCACAGUGGCUUGUAUGAAUUAACUAUUAACUAAUAAAGACAAAUAAUUUCUGUAUUACACGUGAGUGCCAUGACUGCCAGCAGCCAGCGGGCCUUGCCAUGGACUGGCUUCCACCAAGGAAUAAAGUGCAUGUGGAUUUUCAUGUAUUACUUUGAGCUUGAUUGUGUUUGAAGCACACCAUUUCAUCCACUCAUGUACAACAAAGUCUUUGUGUUUUACUCCACACAUGAAGGCUUUCUCUGUGUGUGUGAAGUUGUUUUCUGGAAACAUGUGUUCCAGAUUCACCUUUGUCAGACAAGAAAUGUUAAGCAUUGCAGGUGCAAACUGCCGCCCAACUUGCAUCCGACACGUGCCAUGAUGUAAUAAUGAAUACUUCCGAUACAUCGAGUCAAUAUAUUUUUUACAUGUGAACUUAAUGAACCUGAUGAGUGACAGCAACCCUGUGUGACUCUGUGACACUGUGAUUUGUUUAUUUUGUAAAUAAACAUCUUGUGAGCCA